AUGCGUUGUUCAAUUUGUCACCAUUCGUAUACCUACGAAGUGCAAACAAGCUGGCUGGUAUUCGAGAACCAGUAUGAUUGUGAGUGUCAUGCCUACCCUGGGAGAUAUUCCAAGGCCGUACCGGGAGCUUUCCCCGAGGACGAGUUUGUCACGAUCCCCCUCGACGAAAAAGUGAACAGUGAAGGACAAAAGGACCGCGCCGAGAAGAUCAGACUCCAAGCAUGCGACAAGAUAGAACGAGCUGUGGAGGAGCGAGCCAGGGCUGUGUGGGACUCCCAGGAGCCCAAGCCUGAGGAAAAGCCCAAGCCAAUACGUAUCACGGUGCCGUGCAUCGACACCCUGCCGUUCGAUCGCUCGUCCGUCUUCGUCCGUCGUCAGACUCAUUCUCUCCAUCACCUAGUCAAAUCUCGCCAGUCAUGA